AGAUCACCGCUGGAGGGAACUAUAAAGUUGGGCACUCGGCAGCAAGUCAAAGCAGAGAGAAACCAGACCAGAUCCAACCAUGAAGGAUUGUCACUGGAGCAUAGCUUUCACUGACUGGAGCAAACCCACGGAGCCGUCCAAAAUGGCCAUCAAGGGCAGAAACUGGAAAAAUAGAAUAGGACUCCUCUUGAAGACAAACUCAGCCCAACCAAUCUCAAAUCUAAUGAAGAACAAAUCACACAGACUGACAGCGGAUGAAGUGAGCCAAUGGGCGCAGUCACUUGACAAGCUCCUCGAUCAUAAAUAUGGCAAGAUGGCCUUUUUCAUCUUCCUGAAAACCGAGUUCUGUGAGGAGAACAUGGAGUUUUGGAACGCCUGCGAGGAUCUGCGGAUGCUCUCGUCACACCAAGAAGUGAUGUCCAAAGCCAACAGCAUUUACGAGGAGUUUGUCAAAAAUGAAGCUCCCAAAGAGGUCAAUCUGGACUUUUACACCAAAAACGAAAUCAUCCAGAGCCUCAACGAGCCGAACGUGGCCAGCUUUCUGGUGGCCCAGAGCAGAGUCUACAGCUUGAUGAAGAACAACUCCUACCCAAGGUUCAUCCACUCGGACCUCUACAAUGAACUCUUGACGACGGCGAGGAGAGGACGCUAACAGCUCUCAACUUUAUAAAUGGACAGAUGAAUUUCUCAAACAAAGGGACCCCAAUCCUGUUUCUGAGCAGCAGCGUGGGAAACACAAGUGAAGCUGUUUUAGGCUUCUUCUAUUUUUUUUUCCACAAGCUCAUGUUAAGACGUCCUAAUGAAGCAUGAUGUGACAGACUGAUGAGACUCAAGUUCUUUUCUUUUCUUGACUGAUUCAUUUAGAAAUGAUCGUUGCAUGUUACACAGUAUACGCCAAUAUCUUCAUAUGACUGAACAACUUUGACACCGUAACCCUCCGCCCACUUGCAGCACUGCAAACAAGGGGUACCAUUUAAAUUACCUUCAAGUUUGUUUUCACAUUGAAUUGGACCAUCAGAAGAUCCUUGUGAUGUAUAUUAUUUGUUAAUGUAAUACGUUUGGGACAGCAGGCCCAGUGUGUCAUUAAAAUGUAUUUAUCAAUGGA